AUGCUCGAGGAAAGAGAUUUCCCAGAAAUUCCUGGCGAGCUGAUGCCAGACAGUAUAGCCCAUGAAGUUAAACAACAAGUUGCAAGGCUAUUGAACAGAAGAAGAUUGGAGUUUCCGGGAUCACAGCCAGUGAGUUUUGAAGCUAAACAUAUCAGAGAGAACUUGGAAGGAAGAGAUUAUUUCGUUUGUGAGAAAUCCGAUGGUUUACGUUGUUUGAUGCUGUGUAUUUUGGAUCCUAACGGAGAAGAGGCUGUCUUUUUAAUAACGAGAGAGAACCAAUAUUUUAGAAUACCUCAUCUUCAUUUCCCAUUGCCCGAAGAUGAAAAUAGUUGUCAUAAUGGUACUAUCAUUGAUGGUGAGUUGGUGCUUUCGAAAAGGCCUACUGAUGGCGUAAAAGAAUUGAGAUAUUUGAUGUUUGAUUGUUUAACUCUGAAUGGGAAAAAUAUUGUUACAAGGCCUCUGGACAAAAGAUUGGGUUAUCUUUCUGAACAGUUCUAUAAACCAUAUUUCAAGUUAAGAGAACAUCACCCAAAAGAAUGUGAAGAUUUUCCAUUUAAGUUGUCUUUAAAAAAUAUGCAUUUUUCUUACAAGAUACCGAAAGUUUUUGAGAAUCUAAAGUAUUUGGGCCAUAUAUCGGAUGGUUUAAUCUUUACAUGUCGUGAAACACCAUAUGUAUUUGGAACUGAUCCAACAUUAUUGAAAUGGAAACCAAGUGAAGAAAAUACAAUUGAUUUCAAACUUCAUUUGAAUAUACCCUUAUAUACAGAUUUAGAUUUGGAUGAAAGGGACCCAUAUCGUUCAUAUCCAAAUUAUGAUGUCAAACCAGGAUUUGAAUUACUAGUUUGGGAUGGUAAGGACCAAUACUCAAACUUUUCAGAGCUUGCAAUUGGUGAUGAAGAAUGGGAAAAAUUGAAAAGUCUUGAAGAACCACUAGAGGAAAGAAUUGUUGAAUGUCAUAAAGAUAAAGAGGAUAACUGGAGACUUCUAAGGUUUAGAGAUGAUAAAGCCAAUGGGAAUCACGCUACUGUUGUUCAAAGGGUGUUGGAAAGUAUAAGAGAUGGUGUCACAAAAGAAGAUCUCAUAAAAGAAUCACCAACAAUAGAGCGUUCUUGGAAGCAAAGAGAAUUGAAUAGAAAAUCAAGACAUCAACAAUUUCAACAACAUCAAUCUCCACACACUCAACAACAACCUUCGCAGCAUAUACCUAAUGGGGCACCUCCAUCCAAAAAGAGACCUCAAGAAGAUGAUGAGUUAUUACCAACGUAUGAAGAAGAAGAUGAUGACUCCGAGGAUAAUGAAGAACAUGAAUCAAAGAAGCCAAGAACUGAAUAA